AUGAAACUAACCAGUAGGUUGUUAUUUCUUUUCAUUUUUGCUUCGGCGGAUGAUUUUUCGAGAGGCCCAAGGCCGCGGCCAGACUCGACGAACCCGGACUGCCCGAAUUGGGGAACAGAGAUUGGCGGCUAUUGCUUGUGGAAAGGAUCGCAUUUUCCAGUGAAGAGGGAGGAAGCUGAUGAGCUUUGUCAACGAUCAGGAGGACAUGUUUUUCUUCCCGUUGAAAAACCGAGAAAUUUGCUCCUGCAGAAAAUCUACAGAAGCUCCGGUCUUUCUUUCCGCUCACCAAUUUGGAUGAAUUUGGAGCAAGUCGGCUUCUUCAAAAUGCGAUUCAAAAAGGGCUCGCGAAAAUGCAAAACUUUGCCGAAGCUCAAAACUGACCAAACUCCCCGGCCUCCAUCUUGGAUUCACAAGUAUUCAAACGCUCUGUUUUACAAAUCAAGGAUGUCGGGCUACAUGAAGAAUGUUUUGUACUAUCCAGAUGGGAAAAAUAUAAGAUUCUACCUUGUCCGAAAGUGUGACAUUGCGUAUCCGAUCUGCACAACGAAGAAGAUUCCUUCAGCUUCAAGCUUGAAAACAACAAUGAGAACUUCAACCACGAAGACGACGAUGAAAACAAAGACGACGACAACAACAACAUCGACAACUACCAGCACAACAACCACGACGACAACAACCACGACGACAACAACGACCUCUUUCGACGACAUCGCAUCAACCUACGUAGACCACUUUACUGCUACUUACACAAGUCCUUGGGCCGCCCCUGAGCAAGUUUCUGUAAGAAUCCAGGACGGAUUUCAUUCUGCAUCAGAUUAUUCUAGCGGCUAA